AUGGACAUUGUGGGUUUUCAGCAGUUUUCCUCCAACCAACACUCGAGAGUGGAGGUGAAAGCCUGUCCUCUGGAAGUCCGCAUGCCAGCCGAGCUGAAGGGAGACUUGGAAGUAGCUUGGCUCACGCCUUCGGCUUCUAAAUGCAGCCAUGCUCACUCCGAUUUCAUGACAUGUCGUUCAGUAAAGCAAUGGCCGAACGAACAGGAUCUGAAGGAGUAUGGCGCCAUUGUCUUCCGGGGCUUCGACAUCUCCAAGGAUAAGGAGACCUUUGGGCAGGUGCCCAAGUCGGGUUCCGUCCAGCAUGGCAGAGAAGCCCACCGAAGCUCCGAACGAAGUGGGGGGCUGACUGCCAUGCAACGUGAAUGUGGCCGAGACCCGCUUCAUUCCGUGGCGGCGCGCGAUGCCGUGGACAAGAAAGCCGGGGUCUACGAAGCUGUGAACAAGCCGUCCCGAAGCAAGUUCUACAUUGGUAUGCACAAUGAGAUGGUGGGAAACCGAGCUCCAGGAGCUGCGCUCUUCGUUUGCUUCAAGGCCGCCGAGAAGGGUGGCGAGUUUUUGGUGGCCGAUGGCCGCAAGAUGUUCAAAAAGCUGGACCAGGACUGGCUCAGCAAAGUCUACAACCGAGACGUGGUCUAUUCCACGGCUGAGUUCCCGAUGGGCUUCAUUGAGGGCCUUCCGGAUUUUGUGAAGCCAGCGGUCGAGCCCAUGGUCUAUGGAGCCAUGACACAGGCUCAUUUGCGGCUGGAUUGGUGGUCUGUGGACUUGUCACGACUGGUUGGAUUCAUUGCUUUGAAGAUGAAGGUGGACUUUCAGACGGAGUUGCGAUGGGAGAAGUCGGACUAUGACGGUAGCAAGAUCCUGCAGGUUCGUGCCAUGCCGCAAUAUCCGAUUGUUCGACACCAUGCAACUGGAGAACCUUGCUGGUGGGGGUCCAUGCACUCGCAUGCUGAGCAUCUCCGCCGAGAGCGGGAGAAGGUGUUCGGAGAAGCACAGGAGGGUGGAGGGGAAACGACGGAGUGGCUGGAACACCUGGACAAAGUGACUCUGGAGUGUGCCGAGAAAGUGAAGAUGGAGCCGGGAGAUAUGGUUCUCCUGGACAAUUACCUGGUGAUGCACGGCCGAUGCCCUUUUGAAGGCACCCGGCUACAUGCAGUCUCCUGGUUCAAGAGUCCAGACUACUCCAAGGCUGCAGCCUGA